UUAUAAUUUUAGUUAAAAGUUCUCCUUGUCGUACGGUAGACUACUAAGAGGGACGUUAGGGUUAGGGUUCAAUCAAUUCAGACUCUGCAGAUUUCUUCUUCAAACCCAAAUCCCCCAAAUUCUUCAAUACCUUCUUCUCCAAUUCUUCCAAUGGCGGCCUUAACCCGCCUAUCCAAACCUACAUUUUCCUCUUCCAUGGCUUCCCUAUUACGGAGAUCCUUAUCUUCAUCAGCUAUGGCCUCCGAACCCAAUCCCAAUUUCCAAUCUCAUCAUUCUUCAUUCUCUCGCAACACCAAUCUCGCACGUAAAGAUCCCAAGGAUAGAAACGUCCAAUGGGUUUUCCUCGGCUGCCCCGGUGUCGGAAAAGGUACCUAUGCUAGUCGGCUCUGUAAACUUCUCGACGUUCCUCACAUCGCCACCGGUGAUCUCGUCCGCGAAGAGCUCGCCUCAGCUGGUCCUUUCGCUCAACAGCUGUCUGAGAUUGUAAACCAGGGUAAGUUAGUUUCAGAUGAAAUUAUAAUAAACUUGUUGUCGAAAAGGCUGGAGGCUGGGGAUGCAAAAGGCGAAUCUGGGUUUAUUCUUGAUGGUUUCCCUCGGACAAUAAAUCAAGCGGAGAUACUAGAAGAGGUCAUUGACAUUGAUUUAGUAGUAAAUCUGAAGCUUCGGGAAGAUGUACUGAUGGAAAAAUGCCUCGGUAGAAGAAUUUGUGGUCAGUGUGGGAAGAACUUCAAUGUGGCGUCUAUUAAUGUCAAGGGUGAGAAUGGGCAUCCUGCAAUUAUCAUGCCCCCACUCCUUCCCCCUGCACAUUGUAUGUCAAAGCUCGUGACUAGAUCAGAUGAUGUCGAGGAAGUUGUAGCAGAACGCCUCAAGAUAUACAAUGAAAAGAGUCAACCUGUUGAGAAUUUUUACCGUAGUCGAGGCAAACUAUUGGAGUUUGAUUUGCCAGGAGGGAUUCCCGAAUCAUGGCCAAAGUUGCUGCAAGUUCUUAAUCUUGAUUACGAGGACAAGCAGUGUGCCGCAUAAUAUAUUAGUCUACACAAAGUAUAUGGUGGCCCGAGUUGGUUGGCUUAAGUAUUGCCAAGCAGUAAAUUUAUUCAGCUGCAGACAUGUAAUGGGGUACAAAAACCAGCUCUUGACUGCAAUAGUUUGAGUGGUACAAGAUAGAUUGAGCUCUACAUUUUCACUUUGUUUUAUAAUCACAUUUAUUGAAUUUUCAAAACUCAAUCACCAGGGUAUUCAAUUCAUAUGGUGAUUGGUUAUGUGCUUUCUUAAUUACUUGUUGGAAUGUAUAGUUGAAUUAGGAUAUCUAGGUGUAUAGCAUGACUAGUUUUGUGUGCCAUUAUUAUGAAUGUAAUAAUAAUUAUCAUAAUAAUAACACAUUGAAUAAGCAGCUGGCCGAGCUGGUUGGCUAAGCAUUGCCAAGCAGUAAGUAAAUUCAGCUGCAACAUGAAAUUGGGGCUCAAAACCAGCUCUUGAUUGCUAUA